AUUGUCAUUGUCAUUGAUUUCGAUUUGUCAACAGUCAACAAUACGUUCGUUACUUCCUUGAUUUUAUGCAAAAUAAGAUAAUAGGGAGCAGCUGAAGUCAAUAAUAGUGUAAACAAUCCGUUUUCUCAACGCAUUGUACAAACCGCUAAUUCAUAUUGUACAGGCAAUCAUUAGCAAGAUGACUGCAAUGGCAGGCUCAAGUUGGGAAGAUUUAAGAAAGCAAGCCCGUACACUAGAAAAUGAUAUAGAUGUUAAGUUGGUGGCCUUCAGUAAACUGAGCGUUAGCUCCGGAUCGUCUGGCCUCAGUUCUGAGAGUGUACCGUUGAUAAACAGUGAUGACAUGUUUGAUACCUUGUCGAUGGAGCUGCAACAAUUAUUAAAUAAGCUGUCAGCAAUGAACGAUAGGAUGGCAGACUUAGCACCAACUGGACAAGCCACAUUGCAUACCAUCAAGCGACACAGAGAGAUUCUUAUGGACUAUCAGCAAGAGUUUCAAAAGACGUCAGCUCGCGUGAGUGCGCGACGCGAGCGGGAGGAGCUACUACGUGGAGGCAGUCCACCGCCCGCCGCCCCCGGGCUCAGCCGACGCGACCAGUACGCUAAAGAGGCCAACCACUUGCACAGUUCCCACAUCCUGGUCGACGAGCAAAUAAACAUUGCAAUGGAGGCGCGCGAACACCUCACCUCGCAGCGACAAGUCUUCAAACGGAUGCAGACCAGAUUCAAUGACAUCACUAACAGAUUCCCGAUGCUGAACAGUCUCAUUUACCGGAUAAACGCUCGCAAACGACGCGACUCUCUCAUCAUCGGCAUCGUUGUUGCUAUCUGUACAUUCCUGCUCUUGUUGUAUGCAUUCCACUAAACUUAUGGACAGGUCGUAUGUAUGCUGAAGUAAUUGGUAAACCAUCGCUCUAUAAACAAAGUAACACUUCGCAGGGCAUGCAAGGAAAGCGUCCUUCAACGGGCCGCCCUGUGUCCAUGAACCCGAGGCGUAGGUAUUUAAGUCUCGUGUAAGUAAGCAUGGGCGGUAGUUCUUCCCCCGACGAGCUGACACGACACGCUCUACUAUGUACUACUGAAACACGUGACAUUACAGUGUUUCAGGAACUUUAAUAUAGUUAGCGGUUUUCUAAAAUUCGCUAGCUACAAUACUAUAGUUCCAGAAUUCUUUCAGUCUCUUGGUCACUCCUAUAACAGAGUACGCCAGCGAGAUAGCGCCAAAAUGUCGUCAAUCAACUCGAUAUGAAAACAAAACGUGAACGUAAAAAUAGAGAAUCACAGUUAAAAGGUCACGAGAUAAAUACCGAAUAUCUCACGAUGUCAUAAGGUACUCGCAUCAGUCAAUACUUUUGUAGUUAUAAAUCGAAUAGGUUUUUUUUUGUAUGUAUUUUUGGUUUAUUAAUUGCAAUUUUGGCUGUCCUUGAUAUAAAUAGGUUUAGAGUUAGACUAAGAUGUUAUCAUUUAUAGAAUCCUCUAUAAAGUAGAUCUAAGUAAUGAAAUUGUAUUAUGCUACUUUUGGUAAGGACCACAUACUGUUAUGAAGCUCUAAUGACGUAUUUAGACUACCUAGCAGAAAUCGGGCAAUAGUCUUGACAAAUUCAUUCGAGAUUAGAAUUCAAUACGAAAAACACAGCGUCCGACUUUUUGAGUAUGUGCUAAAGACAAAGUCGCAAAGCAAGCUGUUGCGUUAAACGUUGUGAUUUACUGGAUGAAAGUAUAACAAUGACGUAUGUUGCGAUAUCAAAAUGCUAUAACUAGAAAAAAUCCAAAAUAUCCAAAGUCCAAAUACUAAUUGAUAGUUGAUGAAAGUUUGGGGUCUUAUCAGAAGUUGUACGCUAUUGAAGUCGCGGGAAACUGAUAGUUUUAGCGUAUUUAUCAAAAUAUAUUUUAUAUAGUAAUAUAGUUAUAAGACUCAUACAACACUAGGUUUUUAAACUACAAACCAUUGUUAGAUGAAACGGUGCCACGAGCAUAGAUUUAGGAUGUGGUCUGUUUGACUCCUGAUUUUCCUCCUACACAAUUUCACUGUGCCGUUCUAACUGCUAUUUAAACUGUCGAUUAGUACUGUGCAGAUAAAUUGUUAGGCUUCACGAACAGAGUCAAUAUUUUUUACGAUUACGUAAUUUCUUCAAUAUGUCCUGCAUAGUGCGUACCUUAUGCUUGUUAUAUGGGCAUACGAUUAAUCUGAAGUGUCAGUGUGAGAUUUUCUACCUAUUCGAUCGCGUGAAAGUAAACUCAGUUUUACUACGGUAGCACAAAAAAGGGUUAAAACUAAUGGAUCGCACAUAAGAACGCUGUCUGUCUGUUCGUACCACAUGCCUAAAGCGACACACAGCCUUGUAGUGUUACUUCAUCAUAUGGUUGGGGUUAAGGUCGGCAAUAAAAUAUUUAUAUAAAAAUGUUUAUAAUGUUAACGUAUCAUUAGUUACUUAUAUAAUUGUGUAUCAUACAGUUGUAAGUAAAUUGUAAAUACUUUAAUCAAAGAAAAAUAAAUUAUUUUAUGAUAGC